AUGUUCCCUAUCAAGUCCGUUGUGAACUUCGGUAUUCCGUUCGUUACUACCGACAAUGUCAGCAGUUGCGACCCCUUCAACAUGCAGAAGCUGGCGAUCCUCAGGAACAGGCGCAAGCGCCCUAACCUGGGCGACUCGUCCACCAGCCUGAACAAGCGCCGCAACACCUCCAAUGCGGAUCUCCUCCCGAGCGCGGAAUCCGCAGCGCCCAUGACCGCCGGACCCAGCAGCGCCUCGACUCCGGCCCUCCUCUCGAACCCGACCGCCAUCCAGUCGACCGCGACUGUGAUCCACACCCCGGCGGCCAACGCCUCGACCAGGAGCGUCGCCGUUGGCCCCUCGACGCCGCCCUCGACGUCGUCUCCUUCGCCCAAGCUGAACUUCUUCCAGAAGUUCACCCGCAAGGCUAGCAGAACCUUCAAGAAGAACAGGCCGGCUGCUCGCACUGGAAACAAUGACAGCUCCAGCAGCAGUGGUUCCAGCAGCGGCGGCUACGAUGCCAUGACGGCCGACACCUCCGUCGAGCCCACCCCAACCCGUGGCGGCGCUCUGCGCUCCUCGACGAUCCCAGAGGUCGCCAUCACGCCCACGUCCGACAGCAGCAGGUCUGCCUCCCCCGCAGCCUCGAUCCGCACCGUCUUCCGUGUUAACCCGUACACUGGCAGGCCGGCGCAGCAGUACGACAUCCACUUCCUGUCCCCGCGCACCGCCGCUGCAGCCGCAAAGGCUCGCCGCAACCGCGCUAGGUCGCCGCGCCCGAUCCCCGUUGGCCGUAGGGGUGUUGCUUCUGCUGCUUCGACUCCUACUGCCUCUGGCAGCUUCCCGCCGACGCGCGCUCCGACCACUGUGGUCGCUUCGUCCAGCCUCCCCGCUGGCUUCCCCACGCGCUCCAGCAGCCUGAGGCACAGCAACGAGUUCCCCUUCAGCGCCAGCGCCGCUGACCUGCGCGCCGACGACUCGGACCUCUACCACAACGGCAGUGGGCCGUCGACUCCCGUCAAGGAGGCCCACAAGGCCGAGGUCCCGGCCUCGUCUCCAACUCUUCCCGGCAGCGCCGGCAGCAACUACUCUCUGAACAAGCCUCUCCCCGGCCUCCCGCAGGAGGAGGUCUCUGCUGUUGCUGAGCUGCAGCCGCUCUCGCCCGCACCGUCCGCCAGCGACGACGUCUUCUACGACGCGAGCCCGGUGAGCACCGUAUCCAGCGCCACCAUCGCCGGCGGCUCCUCCUCCCCCAAGACCCCCGAGCAGGCCACUGUGUCUGCUGCCGCCGCCUCUCGCAUCAGCCUGACCGGCUUCCCGACCCCACCGACCACCACCGGCCACCAGCAGGCCUUCAUGCACAGGCUGCCUCCCACCCCCGUCACCCAGCCCGUCCCCAGCAACUCGCCCGCUUUUGGCUUCAGCAGCCCGGUUCUGCCUGAGGUCGGUGGCGACAGUUACACUAUUCCUCCCACUCCCACCCCGGCGCGCGCUACUCUUGCGACUGUCGUCAGCGGCGGCGGCCGUACCAUUGAGCACCAGUCUUUCUCCUCUCCGACCUACCGCCUCUUUCCGCACCAGGUCGACAACCGCGUCCUCGAGGCGCGCUUGAACCAGAUUCGCGCGCCGGUUAGCGGUGGUGGUGGUGUUGACAACGCUUCUGGCGAGGGCGAGGAUGAGAACGGCGGCAACAGCAGCGCCGAUGCUGAUGCCGUCAUGAACGACAGCUUCAUGCUGAACGCCGACAGCGAUGAUGAUGAUGGCGACAUGGAGCCCUUGAUCUCGUCAUCGCCGCUCCAGUGCAACCGCGAGAGCUUCACGUCCGUCUUGACGCAGACGACGGGCAUGUCGUUCGUCACCGCCGCUGAGGACGUCGAGAUGGAGGAUGUGGAGAUUGACGAAGAGGAGAUGAACGAUUCCUCGCUUGUUGACGUCGAUGGCUCCACCCUCGUUGCGGAAGGUGCUGCCGAGCUGAGCUCGGACCACCAGAUGCUUCUUUCGAGGUCCUCCACCCCGGACGUCGAGAACGUCGGCUCCGAUGACAGCUAUGUUCAUGUUGGGGAUAGCACCCUGGAUGGUACGACGCUUGUUGCUGAGGUCGAGCCGGAGCCGUCUUUCGUCGCGAACAUGAACGUCGAUGAGGAGGAGGCGGCUGUCGAGCCGGAGCCUGCGACUUUCCAGAUUGUCGCCAAGGAUGGCGCGGACACUGGUGUUGCGGUUCAGCCCGGCGAUGGCCCCCCCAUCAAUUUGACCGAGAAGCAGCAGGGCAAAAUUCAGUGGCUACCCAACUACACUCCCGUUCCUGAUCCACACUGGGUUGAGGAUCCUGAUGUUGCCAACAUCAGGACUAUCGUCGCAGCUCACAUCCACCUUGUUGGCCUGGACAAGGAUGACUUUCAGGUUGAGUAUUUCGCCGAGGGCUCGUUCAACAAGCUCUACACCGUUCGCAAGGCAUCUCUGCCUCCCGACACUGGUCCCGAGUACAUCUUCCGCGUCUGCCUUCCUGCCUAUCCGUGGUACAAGCUCGAGAGCGAGAUCGCCACCAUGGAGCUUGUUCGCAUGUACACCAGUAUCCCUGUUCCUCAAGUCUACGUUUAUGACAGCAACUCGGAUAACCCCGUCGGCCAUGAAUGGAUGAUGAUGAACAAGGUCAAGGGAGUUGCCUUCAUCGACGCUCGGGAGAACAUGACCAUGGAGCAGAAGAUCAAGAUUGCCGAAACGCUUGCCGACUGGAUGCACCAGCUCUCCCUCCUCCGUUUUGACAAGAUCGGCUCCAUCUAUCGCCGCCGCCUGAAGCCAGCGACCAGCAAGGAUGACUUCAAGGUUGGCCCCAUUAUCGAGCAGACCUUUAUGGCUGACUGGCGCCUUGAGUACAACCUCCACCGUGGCCCCUACACCAGCAUUGAGCAGUACUUCGGCGCCCUCGUCGACGUCAACCUCGCUGAUGUCAUUGACCCGCGCCAGAGGGCGCGCUCUGAGUUUUGCGCUGCCCUGAAGGAGUUCGACUGGCUGACUACCAACCCGGAUGACUGCGACGACAGCGAUGACCGGGAGCUUGUCGAGAAAGCCCAUGAGAAGUUUGCCUCGCAGCCUCCGGAGUCGAAGCAGGCCCGCAUCGACCAGCUGCGCGCCGAGAUUGAGUCAUACCGCGCGCAAAACGACGAGGAGACCUCGUCCGUCGUGCACUCGCGCCCCCGCUACGAGCUCGUCGACCUUAACGGCGACCGCCUGCCCGACCCCUUCGGCCCCAUGGCCGCGCAGUGCCAGGCGCUGCGCUCCGUGCUGCCGCACCUCUGCCCGCCGCACGCCCUCGGCCCCGCCUCCACUGUCCUCCACCACUGGGACAUGUCGGGCAACAACAUCCUCGUCGACGCCGCGGGCAACCCCGUCGCGCUCAUCGACUGGGAGCAGGUUCAGACUUUGCCCUUCGACCUCAUCGAGCCCUACCCGAGCGCCAUCUUCGACGACUACGACUUCGAAGAGCCUCCCAGGAAGCCCCCGCCGAACGCGCCCAAGGUCAUGCACACGACGUACACGGCCAACUACGAGCUGUACGUGAACUACCAGCUGCGCAAGGCGUUCCGCGAGCGCCUCGAGGUGCUGCGUUCCCCGCAUCUGGAGGCUUUCAAGGAGAAGAAGCCGGAUCUGGGUGAGCUGCUUACGCUGGCGCGUGAUGCUGAUCGUGACUUCAUCGAUGAGGAUGUUGCAGAGCUUGUCGGGAAGGUUAAGGAGGAGAUUGGCUUUGGCUUUUGA